CCACGGCCACAGAAGGACACGAACAUGAAGUUGGUCUUUAUAACCGCCGCCUUUUUGGCGCUGACACUUGCUUCCGAAGAACCAGAAGCAAGUUUCGAGGAUCAAGAUGUGUCAGCGACCGAGGAACUAUUAAAGUAUGAUCAAGUAGCAGCCCAGUCUGGACUUAGGAAUAACUUCGCCCAGUACUACCCACAAACGGUCACGCCUCCGCCCUACGUUCCUCCAAGCCAGACACCGCAGAGACCUUGGAACCCUUCCCCUAGUAACUACAUACCUUCACAGAGCACUCCCACACAAUCUUUUGGUAACUACGUACCCUCCAGUACUCCAAUUCCAGCCAGUAACUACGUACCCUCCAGUACUCCAAUUCCAGCCAGUAACUACGUACCCUCCCAAAGUACCGUAAACAUACCAACAAGCAGUAACUACAUACCUCCCUCGCAGAGCUAUUAUCCAAUCCAAAAUGAUCCACCUCAAAACACAUGGAACCAGAACCAACAACAACAGGGUAACUACGGCCGGCCACAAAACAAUUACGUGUCCCCACAGAACUCUUGGAACAAUAACAAUUGGCAAAACAACAAUUGGAACAACCAACAACAGCCACAAAGACCGCAUCAACCACAACCAGUGCCAACUACCACCACAACAUCAUCGACACCGACCGUAGCUGUAAUCAAAAAUGAGCAAUCCUAUGGAGAAAAUGGCAGCUACAAAUAUGAAUACGAGAUCGCAGACGGCACACACGUUGGUGAAGAGGGAUACUUCACAAAUCCUAAGGCAAAUGAUGAGAGUAUCGUGAAGAAGGGAUGGUACUCGUUCACCGACAACAACGGCAAAGUCUACACUGUCACGUACUGGGCCGAUGACAGCGGCUACCAUGCAACCGGAGACCAUCUCCCAACUCCACCACCAGUUCCCCCUGCGAUCCAGGCGGCUAUCGAACAAAACGCAAAAGAAGAGGCGGCUAAAGCUGAAGCGGAGAAGAAUAAACAACAACAAAUUCAGUCAAUGAAUCCUCCUCAGACAUACCCACAACAGACACAAAAUCCUCAACAAGUGUACUACCCACCACAGACACAGAAACCGGUUUACUACCCGCAACCGACUCAGACACCGGUGCAACCAACACAACAACCUGCGGUUUAUCCUCAGCAACCACAGCAAACUUACUAUCCACAGCAGCAACAAUCCUACUAUCCACAACAAAACCAACAAUCAUACUACCCACAACAAACCCAACCUCAACAGAAUUAUCACCACCAAUCGAGCUACGGCAAAUAAUCUGCGAUAUUAGGAACGUAAAUUAUACAGCAACGAUAAAUAAUUUUAAUUGCAAACACGUGGUACAUUAAACAUGAUCUAAA